CGCUGCCUGUGAUUGGCCGAGAGGGCGCUCAUUAUGCACACACGUAUGUGGGCCAAAGGUGGCGUCUGUUAGUAACGUCUGUUUAUACUGCGCGUCAACAAUGCUGCUCAACAAGCUGCUCAAAGCCAGUGUGCGGUCCGGGGUCCGACUGCAGAGAUCCAGCACUGCUGCAGCCAGUGCUUCAGCAUCUCACGGCAGCCAUGUAGCAUCCGGCUUUGCAUUUGAGCUCACAGAUCAACAAAAGGAGUUCCAACAGCUGGCGAGGAAGUUUGCACGUGAAGAGAUCGUCCCCGCUGCGCCAGCUUAUGACAGGAGUGGUGAAUAUCCUGUCCCCAUCAUCAAGAAAGCAUGGGAGCUCGGUCUGAUGAACGGACACAUUCCACAGGAUUAUGGUGGAAUGGGCUUGACAAUCUUCGACAACUGCCUCAUCACAGAAGAGUUGGCUUACGGCUGCACAGGAGUACAGACUGCCAUCGAAGCAAACUCUCUGGGACAAAUGCCUGUUAUUUUAGCUGGCAGCGAUGCACAGAAGAGGAAAUACCUGGGAAGGAUGACCGAGGAGCCUCUCAUGUGUGCGUACUGUGUCACAGAGCCGGGGGCGGGCUCUGAUGUGGCCGGCAUUAAGACCAGAGCUGUGAAGACGGGCGACGAGUACGUUGUUAACGGGCAGAAGAUGUGGAUCACCAAUGGUGGGAAAGCGAACUGGUACUUCCUGCUGGCCCGCACUAACUCGGAUCCUAAAUGUCCAGCCAGCAAAGCUUUUACCGGCUUCAUUGUGGAUGCUGAUACUCCUGGAAUUCAAGUAGGGAGGAAGGAGAUGAACAUGGGACAGAGGUGCUCUGAUACCAGAGGCAUCACCUUUGAGGAUGUGAGGAUACCGAAGGAGAACGUCCUGGUCGCAGAGGGGGCCGGCUUCAAAAUUGCCAUGGGUGCCUUUGACAACACGAGACCACCGGUGGCGGCAGGAGCGACAGGCUUGGCACAGAGGGCGCUCGAUGAAGCUACAAAUUACGCGCUGGAGAGGAAGACGUUUGGAAAAGUUAUCGCUGAGCACCAGGCCGUGUCCUUCCUUCUGGCUGAGAUGGCAAUGAAGGUGGAGCUGGCCAGGAUGGCAUACCAGAGGUCUGCCUGGGAAGUGGACCAGGGCCGCAGAAACACCUACUACGCCUCCAUCGCCAAAGCCUUCGCUGGAGACAUCGCCAAUCAGGUGGCCAGUGAUGCUGUUCAAGUAUUUGGAGGCAACGGCUUCAACAGCGAAUACCCGGUAGAGAAACUGAUGAGAGACGCCAAGAUCUACCAGAUCUAUGAGGGCACAGCUCAGAUCCAAAGACUCAUCAUUGCCCGAGAACACCUGGGAAAAUACAUGAAAUGAACUGUGCGCUCCUGAAUCAUCGUCAUUUAAAUGUACUUUAUUGUAACUUUUCUAGAAAAACGUGUUCCUGGAAAUAGAUCUGGUUACUUAAACUCAGGAUAUAGUUGAAAAAUGUUGUUUGCUGUCACAUCAUUUAAUUCCUGCCUUGCUUGUUUUGGACUGAAUUGGUAGACAGCAGCCCACCUUUUCUAAUCAGAAAUGCAGCUUGAACUGUGGCCUUAUUUUAUGACUUACUGAGGUGAUGAGGAUCACCACAUUUAAGUAAAAGAUCAUGUGACCAUGUCCCGCAGGUUGUGAACAAUAAAUGCUGCUGCUCUCUGGAGUCUAAAUGUGCCAUUAAAUGCAAGACAUUACAAACAUAUUGCUUUUAUUCAGCAUUAAACUCCGACAUAUUUGACUUUAUAAGUUGACAAGAGCCCAAACGAACACCUAUAGUUUUUUAGGUUAGGUUGUCUCAUUUUGUGGAGGAGGGGCAGAUUCAGGCUGACCUUCAUCUUUACACUGUGUGUGUUUGUGUGUAUUUCAACUCUGUAAUACAAUCCUGAUUUUGGUCUUAUUCUCUGUCAAAUCAAGGCAUUCAUGAUUGUUUUUCUCAGAGGUUUGUGCUCCUGUUCUACCUCUGACAUCCUAUCAAAAGUGAUGCACUAUCCUUAAAAAAACGAGUGAAUGUAACACCAUGGAAGCAGUUUAAUUUUAUCUGAACAUUCUCACCAGACAAAUGUGUCUAAUGAUCUGUUGGCCGUAAAAGUCCAUGUUUGUGUCUGAUUUAGAAAAUUAAAUUCUCAACAACUGUUGUCAGUUCUACGUUACUAUCCAAUACAGAGAGGCAUUGGCACAGCACUUAACCAUGGAGAAUCUCUGCAGAAAGUAUGGAUGUAAUAUGUGUGCUCACUCAUGCCAUAAUGGUGAAUUCAUCUAAACUCUGUAUAUCAUCCACUUAUUAAAUUAUUCCAUCCAAUCAAACUGA